AUGCGGUCGUCAUCGCCCGCGUCGCUGGUGCUGGCCCUCGGCCUCGCCGGCCGGGCGCUCGCCGACCCGACCUGGCCGUCGCCCAUCGACGAGCUCGAGGAAAUCAUGUUCCAGCUCACGUCGUUCCGCGCGCGCAAGUUCGCCGACACGGUCAGCCCGUGUACCAACGAGGCCUCGGGCCCGGGCCGGCAGAACGCGGCCGAGUGGCUCCGGACCGCCUUCCACGACAUGUCGACGGCCAACACCUUCUUCAAGACGGGCGGCCUGGACGGCUCGCUGCAGUACGAGCUGGACAACGGCGAGAACACGGGGCCCGGCCACAAGACGACGCUGCAGUUCAUGGCCCCCUUUGUCUCGCCUCGGUCGAGCUUGUCGGACCUCAUCGCGCUCGGCGUCUACACGUCGGUGCGCUCCUGCGGCGGGCCAGCCGUGCCGUUCCGCGCCGGCCGCAAGGACGCCACCGAGAAGGGCGCGACGGGCGUGCCGCAGCCGCAGAACUCGGUCGUCACCUUCCAGCAGCAGUUUGAGCGCAUGGGCUUCACCACCGAGGAGAUGAUCCAGGUCACGGCCUGCGGCCACACCAUCGGCGGCGUCCACAAGGACGAGUUCCCCGACCUGAUGCCCCCCAACGCGCCCGCCAACGGCGAGGUGCCCCUGGACUCGACCGUCGCCGUGUUCGACAACAAGGUCGUCACCGAGUAUCUGUCGGGCAACACGACCAACCCGCUCGUCGUCGGCCCCUCGGUCGCCAUCAACAAGAACUCCGACUUCAAGGUCUUCAACGCUGACAGCAACAAGACCAUGACCACCAUGACGGACAACGACAAGUUCAAGGACAUUUGCAAGGUGGUCCUCCAGAAGAUGAUUGAUGUUGUGCCGCCGGGUGUCACGCUCACGGAUCCCAUCGUGCCCUACACCGUCAAGCCCGUCAAUCUGCAGCUCACCCUCGCCCAGGGCGGCACCAUGCUCUCCCUGACAGGCUACAUCCGCGUCAAGACCACCGGCCUGCCCGACGGGAGCGUCAAGAGCAUCACCAUCACUUACAAGGACCGCAAGGGCUCGGCCGACUGCGGCUCCAGCUCCUGCGCCAUCACCAGCAGCCUGCAGGGCGUGGGACAGGGCUUCGACGACACGUUUGCCUUCUUCCCCAUCUCAGCCACCAUCCCCGCUGCGUCAGGCAUUUCUUCCUUUACCGUCACGGUCAACGAUAAGACGUACGACAACAACGGCAAGGGGUACCCGCUCCAGGACGACAUCAUCUUCCAGGCGCCUCAAAGCUGCGUGACGGGCAACGCGGGCGCCGUCACCCUGGUCGCCGCCGUGCGCAACGACGUUGCCGCCAGCAACGGCGCGCAGGCGACAGUGUACUACAAGGAGCCGCAGACGGGCAGCCCCGUGCCGCUGCAGAAGAGCGCCGCCGUGCAGCUCAAGAAGGGAAACUGCGUCGGCAAGUACACGCUGUUCACGUCCGACUACACCAUCCAGGGCGGCCUGCCGUACCAGUCGCACGUCGACGUCACGGCCGGCACGCAGACCGACGGCUUCAAGAGCCUCACUGACAUCGGCGGGACGUGCCGACCGUUUGACAACCCGGCGCCCUGCGACGGGGGGGAGCCGCCUGUCAGCUCGACCACCACUACCACGACUACUGAUACCACAACCACGACUACCACUACCUCGGAUGGCGGCUCGACCACCACGACGAGCACCACGGCGGCUCCGACUGAGACGUUGCAUCACCGCGACGCCGUCGGCGGGUACAAGAUGGUGUCUUGCUGGACCGAAGGCACGGGGGCGCGGGCUCUCACGGGCAACUCGUUUGCCAACGACUCGAUGACUCUCGAAAAGUGCAUGAACUACUGCAGCGCCUACGUGUACUGGGGUACCGAGUACGGACGCGAGUGCUACUGCGGCAACUCUCUCGACGGUUCCAGCAAGGCGGCCCCUCUGGCAGACUGCAACAUGCCAUGCGGCGGCGACGCCAGCCAGUACUGCGGCGCGGGCAGCCGUCUGGAGCUCUACUCAACGACGAGCGCGCCCGUAACGCCCACCCCCACGGCGACGCUCAUCCACAAGCCCACCGUCUCGCCCUACACGCUCGUCGGCUGCUGGACCGAAGGCAAUGGCAAGCGGGCGCUCGAGCAAAAGGCCACGGCCGCCAACGACAUGACCAACGACGCAUGCGGCACCUUCUGCAAGGACUUCAAGUACUUCGGCACCGAGUACGGCAGCGAGUGCUACUGCGGCAGCUACCUCGACGAGACGAGCCAGACGGCACCCCUCGCCGACUGCGCCAUGCCCUGCGCCGGCGACAAGUACCAGUACUGCGGCGGCAGCAGCCGCCUCGAGCUGUACAUGAACCCCAACGCGACGGGCGGGGGUCCCCCCGAGCAGCCCGCCGCGGUGGGCGACUUCGUGCUCGUCGGGUGCCAGACCGAGGGCAACGGCACGCGCGCGCUGGCCGACGCCGCGACGGCCGCCGACGACAUGACCAACGCCAAGUGCGCCGACUUUUGCAAGGCGUACAAGUUCUUCGGGACCGAGUACGGGCGCGAGUGCUACUGCGGGAACAAGCUCGACGUGUCGAGCAAGGAGGCGCCGCAGAAGGAGUGCGGGAUGCUGUGCGGCGGGAGCGCGCAGCAGUUUUGCGGCGCGGCGAACCGCCUGAGCGUGUAUACCAAGAAGGAGGUGCCGCCGCCGCCUGCGUCGCCGUCACCAACGCCUUCGCAGCCGGCAGGGCGACGGAGGCAUAGGUGGUGA